AAAACGUGAAGUUUGUUGACCUUUAAUGCAUAUCACGCUUACUACUUAUUAAGUAUAUGAUUCGUUUUAUAGUUCGUAUUGCUUUGGGUAUACUAAUAAUUGUUUUACAAAAUUAAUUGACACGUUAUUGCAUUAACUCAGUGAAACUUGUCUUUUCCCUUAAAUUUUUUUUUGUCGUGUUUCAAAAGCCUACUUUAUUAGGUAUCAAAUUAAGAAAUGAAAAAAACGUUUUAAUUGAAUAUUUUUUUCCCAAAUGAACGCUGUAUUAUCAACAAUAUAGCAAAAAAUAUAUAAUUGCAUUUGUCUGUUUAGGUAUGAAGACUUUGUACAAAACGGAACAUAACGUCUAACGUCUUUGCAACCGAAAAAAUUUACUAAUUUAAUUUAAAAUCAAUAUGGACGUCCAAUCACCUGACAGCUGUGAAGGACCAUUCGAACUAUUUUUCCAUAGUGUAAUAAACUAAAACAUAAGUAAAUUAUUACAUAAAAGCUUCAAUAACGUUCAUAGUGUAAUCAGUGAAGGUUUCUGUGAUAACAUCAUGAACAUUUUAUUAUUUAUCGAGUACUCUUUGCCAGAUCUAUUUGAUUGAAAAAAAAAACACAAUGGAAGUACCAAUCGAACACAACCACAACACUAUUGUUCACUUCAUGAUAACAUAGUCGAGAUCGACUCUAAAUUUUUUAAGAAAAACAAAUAAAAACCAUUAGUUUUGAAGUUCUAGUAUCCAUAUAAAAACUGUUAAAUCAAUAAUUCCAAUUUAAAUUUUAAUAUUUUAUUUGUAUUAGAUACAAAUUAAAAAGUUUAUUUAUUUGACAAAAUAAUUUUUUUUUAAAAAAAUAGUUACCAAAGACGUUUGUAUUAUUAAAAUUAAUCGACAAGAUAAGUUAAUGUUGCUAAGCUUAUGGGAAGAGGAAAAAGUAGAAAAGACAAAAGGAAAAUCCAAGAUGGCCGCCACCAUGGUUGAAACUCCACCCCCUCAAUUGAUUACCACUAUAGAGUGGAGCAUGAUGGAUAAAAGCAAAUUUUUCCCAUUAUAUACCAUGAGCAGUUUUACAGUACGUUGCGCCCUAUAUCCGCUUACAUUGAUAAAGACACAGAUACAAGUGCAAAGGAGGAGAGAGGCUUAUAAAGGCGUCACAGAUGCUUUCACGAAGAUAUACGCCAGCGAAGGUGUGUCUGGUCUCUAUAGGGGUUUCUGGCUGUCUAGUUUUCAGAUAAUUUCUGGCGUCUUCUAUAUAUCUACGUACGAAGGAGUGAGAUUUGAAUUAGGAAAAUAUGACAUUAGCCCAAAAUGGAAGUCGUUCAUCGGCGGCGGAUGCGCUUCCAUCGUCGGGCAGACGAUAAUAGUGCCGUUUGACGUGCUGAGCCAGCACCUGAUGGUGCUAGGCCUGGUGAAGGGUAGGACCGGCGGCGUGAGCACCACGAUAAAUCCCCUGGGCAUAGAUUUAGAUAAGCGCAGAUCGAAGGCGGCCUUAGCCCGGGAGGUGGCGGUGAGGGUGUACCGGCAGCACGGGCCGCUGGGCUACUACAGGGGUUACACGGCGUCCCUGGCGGCCUACGUGCCCAACUCGGCGCUGUGGUGGGCUCUGUACACGGCGUACCAGGAUGAACUUUUGAAGAUAUCCCCCGUAUGGGUGUCGCAUCUGCUAAUACAAUGCGUGGCCGGCACUCUUGGAGGCUUCACCACAACGAUACUGACCAAUCCCCUGGACAUUGUGAGGGCGAGAUUGCAGGUGGAAGGCGUCGGCACGAUGAAGCAGGUGUUCAAGCAGCUCUGGGCGGAGGAAGGUCUGUUCGGGCUGUACGCAAAGGGCCUGUCCGCGAGGCUGGUGCAGUCGGCGUGUUUCUCAUUCAGCAUCAUCCUCGGAUACGAGAGCAUCAAGCGGAUGGCUAUUAGCGACGAGUAUAGGCCGAGAGUGCGUUGGUAGUCAUUAAAGAAAUGAGAAAAAAAACUCGUGUUUUAUUUGUGGUGCUGAUUUAAAUCCGCCUUACCUGUUUUUUGCAUAGCUUUUAUCGCGGGCUUUGAGCGCGGCGACAUAAUCAAGAAAUUCCGUAACGAAAAUAAAACCUAACACUCCGCCUACCAUGUAGCUCGCGUUCAACACAUUCACACGUUGCGCUGGUGUAGUGUUUGUGAAUAAGCGCGCAGCGUGACGUCGCACUGCAUGCGCAACAUGAAAAGUCUGCCCAUCUCUCUCUCGCGCGGUCUAGCUUAUGAGUGUGAAGAGGCCAGUUAAUGUUUUGCUUUUGUUAAUUUUUAUAAAUAUAGCGUGGUCUUAUUUUAUAAUUGUUUUAAUAUUAAAUUAUUAUUGUCUAAUUAUAAUUGCAGAGAUUGCAUUGUCUAAUUAUAAUUGUGGGGAGCAUCGAA